AAUGUGAACCCGAGCAAAAAGCGGCUUCUUAUCAGACCAAGGGACCAGACCGAGAGUCCGAGACCAAGACCAGCUGAUCACCCGGGGCCAUCACUCAGCCGGGCACCAAAUCUUCCCUAUUUCCCGCGUUUCCAGGCCGAGGAAGUGCAAUAGAGAGUGUGGCCUGAUGAAAGAAGGUCUGAAGGUGACGUGAUGGAGCGGAUCAGCACGUGACGACGCCCAGGGCCGUAGUGAUGGAGAUUCAAGCGACUGAGACCUCACCCUCUUCUCAGCUGCUGCAGGAAGCUUAAAAUGUUGUCCCGAGUGGGUAGCAAGCUUGGUACUGGUGCUGCUCUCUUGAUAGGAGGUGCUGUGGGUCACCUGCUGAAGAAACACCAUGAGAGUGCCCAGCAGAAAUCAGAGUCUUCCGAUGAGCUGAACAACAAGAAAGCUGUCUUAACAUAUCAAAAUGAGAUCAACAGGACUCUCCACAAGAUACAUUUGGGGCUCAAAGAGUUCUCCCCAAGUUGUGGCACAAAACAUAGCAUUGCAGCAUUCUACACAAAGAUUGCAAAGCUACAAUGUCAACAGUACCUAGCGCACCAGAAAGAGGAGGUUGGUGGUGGCCUGAAAGUGUGGCUGUCAGAGUGGGAGGGUGAAGCUGAAUGGGUAGACACAGUAGAUUUCUGGCCCCCUCCACCCCCUCGGUCUGCCUCCACACCAUCCCUCUCGGCUGCCCUGCGUUCCAGCGUGAAGGCCCUCUGGUACAUUAGCUGCUGCGAGGACUUCUGUAAAGAGAACUAUGUUUUCAGCCAUGACGUGAUGAAGAGUCUGAAGGUUGUGAUAGAGAGAGGUGACGCCAAGGCAGCUCCCAUGGCCCUCAAGGUGGUGGCCAACGUGGCAGUCCAUCAGGAGAAGCACCAGCUGAUCCAUGACACAGGACUGGUUGAUGUUCUCGCAUCUUCUGCCGACCACCAUCACCCGUUUGUCUUCCUCCCGGCCUGGCGAGCGCUGCACAACUUGAAGGCGAGGAGAAGCAAUGCCUCAAAAUGCACGGAGGUCUACAUGGAGGGGGUCUAUCCUUUUGCACUGCCUGAUGACGCUGAGCCCAGACCCCUGCUGGACAUAGUGUUGGUGCAUGGCAUUGAGGGGGGCGUGCCCUGGACCUGGAGGCAGCAGGACAAGGAUGCACACCGGCCACGCCUCCCCCACAGUCUGCGCAGGAAGCUUCACACACUCACAGAAGAUGUGCUCGAUCAGUACAUCACGUUCUGUUGGCCGCUGGACUGGCUCGUGCCUGCCUUGGGUCUGCCUGUGAGGGUCAUUGCACUUGACUUCAGGGCCAGCUGGUGGAGGUGGGGAUGUUCUUCACCUGAGGAGAGCAUUGGGAAGUCACUGGCAGGACACAGCCAGGAGCUCAUGGCAGGGCUGGAGGCGGCCGGGGUUGGGAGGCGGCCCAUAGUGUGGAUCACUCACUCCAUGGGCGGCCUCCUGGUGAAGCACAUGCUCAUGAAGAGCCAACAGAGGAAGGACCGUAAGGAAGAGGACGUAAGGAAAGCUGCCUUGGAUGAGCUGGAGUUGUGGCAGAGUAGUAAUGGAGGCUUGGCAGAGCAAACGGCAGCUGCAGUGUUCUUCAGCGUCCCCCACCACGGCUCACAACUGGCCACCACCACCACCUCCUGGCCCCUCAGCCACCUGCUGCAGCCCACCCGGGAGGUUCAGGAGAUGAGAGCAGACAAUCCACUGCUGAAAGUUAUCCAUGAGUCCUUCUUGAGUCUGGUGAAAGAGAAGCAAGUGGCCGUCCUGUCCUUGCUUGAGUCCCAGCCGACGCAGCACGUGGUGCCGGGGGGCUGGGAGCUGCACUUUGUCCUGCCACACCAAGCAGAUCCAGGAGUUGGGGAGUUCCAUGAGGUUGAGACAACUCACCGUGACAUUUGCAAACCUCUUGAUAGGAACAGUGACACCUUCCAGAAGCUGCUGCUCUUUUUGAAAACACACUUUCAUCUAAUGUAGUCAGUACAAAGAUAUAUUGUUGAUGUUUUCAAAGUGUAUAAUUUUGUUAAGUGAUGUAAAGAUUUGUUUGUUAUACCAAAUAUAUUUUUUACAAAACA